GGAGGGAAGGGGAAGAAGGAGAGAAUAAUCUGGCCAAGAAAAUGGAGGAGAAAAGGCAACACAACUCAAGUCUAAGUCAACACAAGUUCCCUCAACAAUGGUGCACUUCUCUUUUGAUCUCUUUCUUGGCCAUUGUACCUUCAAGUCAAGCUUUCGACUAUGGCAAAGCCCUCUCUCAAAGCCUCCUCUACUUUGAAUCCCAACGCUCCGGCCGGUUACCCUACAAUCAAAGAGUCACCUGGCGCCACCAUUCUGGCCUCACCGACGGCCUAGAACAAGGGGUGGACUUGGUGGGAGGGUACUACGACGCCGGAGACAAUGUGAAGUUCGGCCUGCCGAUGGCAUUCACCAUCACAAUGCUGUCAUGGGGUGUCAUCGAAUAUGGAGAUGAAAUCGCGGGAGCCGGAGAGUAUAGUCACGCGCUUGAGGCAAUAAAAUGGGGAACCGAUUAUUUCAUCAAAGCUCACACGCGCCCAAAUGUCUUGUGGGCUGAGGUUGGCGAUGGUGACACUGAUCAUUACUGUUGGCAGCGGCCGGAGGACAUGACAACUUCCCGGCAAGCCUACAAGGUGGAUGAAAACAACCCAGGGUCGGACAUCGCCGGUGAGACGGCGGCGGCAAUGGCGUCAGCCUCCAUUGUGUUUAGGAAAACAAACCCACAUUACUCUCACCUACUGUUGCAACAUGCACAACAGUUGUUUGAGUUUGGAGACAAGUUUAGAGGGAAGUAUGAUGAAAGUAGUGUUAAGGUGGUGAAAGGAUACUAUCCGUCGGUGAGUGGGUUCAAAGAUGAGCUGUUGUGGGCAGCUUUGUGGCUAUACAAGGCCACCAACAAGGAGGAUUAUUUGAGGUAUGCUUUGGAGAUGGCAGAUGAAUUUGGUGGGAUCACUUGGGCAAUUACUGAGUUUAGCUGGGAUGUCAAGUUUGCUGGUCUUCAGAUCAUUGCUUCUAUGUUGCUGAUGGAAGAGAGGCAUAGGACGAUGAAGCACAAGGAUGUAUUGGAACAGUAUCGUUCAAAGGCUGAAUAUUAUAUCUGUGCUUGCCUUAACAAGAACAGCAAUGUGACUGAUAAUGUGGAGCGCACCCCAAGAGGUUUAUUGUACACCCGCCAGUGGAACAACAUGCAAUAUGUGUCCAAUGCAGCAUUCCUUCUCAGUGUCUACUCUGAUCAUCUCCGAGCCUCGAAUCAGCGGCUGAGAUGCGACGUUGGCGAGGUGGGUCCGGAAGAAGUCUUUGCAUUUGCUAAAUCUCAGGUUGAUUACAUCUUGGGAGCUAAUCCUAUGGCCAUGAGCUACUUGGUUGGGUAUGGUUCGAGGUACCCUCAAAGGAUGCACCACAGAGGGGGGUCCAUCGAAUCUUACAGAGAGAACAAGGGCUUUAUUGGGUGCACUCAGGGGUAUGAUGAUUGGUUUCAGAGAGAUGAUCCAAAUCCUAAUGUUGUUGUCGGGGCCCUGGUUGGUGGGCCAGAUAAGAUGGAUCAGUUCAGUGAUGAUAGGAAGAAUUUCAUGCAGACAGAGGCCUGUACCUAUAACACUGCAAGCCUGGUUGGGGUUUUGGCUAAAAUGCAUGGCCUGAAAGAGGACAGAGAUUUUGACAUUCCUUUAGUUGCUUCAAGCUAGGCCAAAAAGUGAGGUUCUUAGUUCUCACAUUCUUAUACAAACAGAAAAAGAAGAACAAAAAGAAGUUUAAACAGAAUGAAAAAGAGAAUUGAUUUAUUUAUCAAGCUGAAUAAAGGUUCCAAUUUCCUCAUUGAAGCACCUUUUUCCAUGUGAAACUAUAUUUGAAAUGUUUGUGCUAAGGCAAAAAUAGACCCCUUUUUUCUUAAUUUGAAGUGAAAGCAUUGAACUUUAUUCAGUCUUAUCACAACCGAAACUUAUAACGGGAAAGACUCGAACCUAAUUGCACAUGCAUCAAUCGUUGAGUCAAAUGCAAAUCAAAUAUAAUGUUGAUUAUCCAUGGAUUUGGAUGUAUCUCGUUAGCUCUGCACCGACCAACAUAGUUUGUCAAUUUUUGUGGCUCAUAUUCAUUGUCAAAAAAGUACCAUAAGUCAACAAAGCCAUUGGAGUGUCUUC